AUGGCUGUACCUCAACCUUGGCUGCGGGACAGGGUGGUAGCCUACCCGUUCGGCAUAACACAGUCAGUAACUGUAGUGGUCAGCGCUAGUGCAUUUGUGGCUUUGCGGGAAAUGGUGACUAUCGUUAGACCCCCUUUCUGCCAAGAUGUGGUGGCGGUUCCCGGUGCCAUCACGCAAGAUCCGAAAAAGAAUCAGAACAAGAGGAACUCGCCAAAGAGACGCAGCCAUGGUUUUGAAGACGAUAUGCGGGUUUUUGAGUACAAGGGACUCAUUGAGCAGGACGCGACAAUCCUGUCCUCCACACUCUUUAGUAUAUUUGAGGCCGGAUUGGAGAGUCUGGCAAUUCCUAUCAACACUACAGUUUUUGCCUGUGCAUUACAAAUGUCCACUAGCAGGAAUAUUGACCGUGGAUAUGCCUGGGUGAUUCUGACAGUCAGCUGGCUACAGGUGGUCAUCGCUGGCAUGUUGUACUACUCAACCGGCGUCAUCACUACGGCUGUUUUGGAGGAAAUGGAGGAGGGUGUCGUAAAGUCGUCGUGGGUGGGAUCGACGUUGUUGGGAACAGUGAUGUUGACGGGACCAAUCACAAGCUCGCUUGUAAAUUUGCUGGGUUGUCGCCUCUCGUCCAUCAUCGGAGGAAUAUUGAUACUGGUCGGCAUGGUAAUCGCUUCUUUCGCCGACUCUAUCAACAUUCUCAUUGCAUCUUAUGGCGUCGUUGUUGGUCUUGGGAUGAGUUUCAUGGAGACAGCAGCCAUUGUAAUCACCGGCCAUUAUUUCGACAAGUAUCGCCCUCUAGCAGCCGGGAUUCAGACUUCCGGUGCAGGAUGGGGAAUGCUGAUUGGCGCACCACUAGUGCGAUUUCUGCUGGACACGUUCGGUUUAAGUGGAAUGUUUCUUAUACUGGGUGGAGUUGGCGCCAACUCAUGUGUGUGGGCAAUGCUCAUGAGACCAUCUCCAUUCGAGAAUCAGAGAUCACCAACAAGUGAAAACCAUUUAGAGCAGGGAGACAACACAAAUCGGCACCUAGUCAGCUACGUUGUCUACCGACUUAAGGAGAUAAUGUAUGAAUUCAGACAAAUAUUAUCCAAUGUGAGUUUCCUUUUGUAUGCGAUAUCCUUCGCUACAUGGGGUUUGGGAGAAUCUGCUUUCCAAAUACAUCUCCCCAAUUAUGCGGAAUCAAAAGGAACGAGCCCACAGAGGUCGGCCAUGUUAUUUACAGCCAUGGGAAUAUCAAGCAUGAUCGCUCGAGUAUUGGGCGGGUUUGCUGCUAACGACCCUGCAAUUGACUCCCUGAUUCUUCACAUGGGCACAGUCGGUGUAGCUGGUGUGACCAUUAUGGUGUUCACAUUGUUUUCCGGCUCCUAUCUACAACAGGUGAUAUUUUCUUGUCUGUAUGGAAUAUAUACCGGAGGGCCAAUAGCUCUGUUCAACCCAAUCACCGCGGAUCUAGUCGGAGUGAAACGGUUGGCAACUGGAUAUGGAGCUAAGAAUCUAUUUGUAGGAGUAUCGCUGCUGCUAGGACCUCCGUUUGCAGGUAUGGUACUGGAAGUCUCGGGAAGCUAUGAUGCGAGCUACUUGUGUGCAGGUGCUGCCCUUGUGUUGGCCAGUCUCAUGACAAUUCCAAUAGCAGCAUUGAAAAAAGAACAGUAACAGCCAGCAUCAGACGGACACUGACAUUGAGAUGACAGUGAAGCCUGUUUCUAGCGAGGGCGAUAAAGAUGAAACCAGCGACAAACUAGAACCCCUACUAACCCCUCGAUGGGAUUCUGUGGAGGAGGAAAAAUGUGUGGAUAACGCAUGAGGACAGAUGUAAAUACCACACAAAUUUGUUUGUUCAACUUGUUCAACAAUGUUUAGCUGCACCAGCUGACGUAUCAGCUUCAUGUGAGAUGCAGUCCCGAAAUCACAUAUCCGAGACACCUUGUCACUGUGGAACCUGACGACGACUAGGUAUGUAACAUGACUCACAUGACGGGUGUUACAUAGAGAAUUCCAGUGCAAAAGAAUAGCCAGUCUUGACUGUACUCAGAAACAAAUUCCAUUUGGUGUAAAGGAUAGAUGAGGCUGAGCUGUGACAGUAUAUCCACAAACCCUGGCACGUUAUAAGCCGAUAGCAACUCCUACAUGGAGAUUAUAAACCUCGUGUGUUUCCGUAUCAUUAAUAUAAUAUAUUAGGAAUAAAAAUUGUAUCAUGCGAGCCUUUGGCAAGCAUAAUACAUGUACAUAUUUUUUUAUGCGAGCAUAAUACAUAAUUUUCAUUCCUAAUAUAUGAUAGUAAUGAUACGU